AUGAAAAAGUUUGUCUCCGAUGCCGACGUCUCUCCGACCAUCGUUCGUAUCGGAUUGGUAACAUUCUCGACGUAUGCACGUAGCGAGUUCUACUUGGGUGAUUACAGCAACAAACAUGACGUCAUGAAAGCUAUCAGCCGGACCCGUUACCGUGGCGGGCGGACACACACUUGGGUUGCACUCGACUACAUCCGAAAGAACGCGUUCUCUAAGAAGUCUGGCGGCCGAGAUGGAGUUGCUAACAUCCUCAUUAUCAUCACCGAUGGGGGUUCGAACGAAAGAUGGAAGACGGUGAAGGCUUCUCAAGAAAUCAAAUCGAUGCCGAUCCGAAUUUAUGCCAUUGGUAUUGGGAAGCGCGUCAAUUACCAUGAACUGCUAAACUUGGCCACCCGGUCUGACUAUAUUUUCCAUGUGCCAAACUCUAAUUCUUUGAAACGUAUCCAGAAUGCCGUUCGUCGGAAUGUCUGUCGAUCAGUUUGCGAUAUUUGGCCAGCCGACAUUGUGUUUCUGCUUGAUGAUUCCACAAGUAUCUGGGACAAUGAUUAUCAAAAACAAAUGGAGUUUUUGUCCAGCUUCGUCAAAGACAUUACCAUUGGACCGAAAAAAUCUCGUAUUAGCGUCGUCACAUUCAGUUCUCGCCCAAAGAACCAGUUUUGGCUUCGGGAUCAUCAAAGCAAAAACGAAGUUUUGAGUGCCAUCAAGAAUAUCAACCGGAUGUACGGUGACACUUACACUUCUGAUGGACUUCGCAUGAUCCGAGAAAACAGCUUUUUGCCACGUCAUGGUGGAAGAAUGAAAGCAUCACGCAUUGUGAUCGUCGUAACGGACGGCAAGUCAACCAUUCCGACCGAGACCAUAAAUCAGGCGAAGAAACUACACAACGCCAAAGCUACGGUAUUUGCUAUUGGUGUCGGACGAAGGGUUGACCCUGAAGAACUAAACGCUAUUGCCAGCAGCCCCAAAUACGUGUUUACUGUAGAUAACUACAGCGCCCUAGCCACGAUUAAGAAGAAACUCUCUCAAAAGGUGUGCACGCUACACGUAACGAACGAACGGAAUGGGUUAAAAUAUAAGACUAUCUAUCUAUCUAUCUAUCUAUCUAUCUAUCUAUCUAUCUAUCUAUUUGUUCGACAAUCCAUAUCCCUAUCUAUCUAUCUAUCUAUCUAUCUAUCUAUCUAUCUAUCUAUCUAUGUCUUUUCAUAUGUGUCUAUAUAUCAUCGAAAACGCCACACACAGGCAGAACUCCUUCUCUACACGUCAUGCAGCGUUUCUACUUGA